AUGCUGGCGCUGGGGCAGAUGGACGGCGCGCCCCGGCAGGGCGCCUUCCUGCUGGGCAGCCCGCCGCUGGCCGCCCUGCACAGCAUGGCCGAGAUGAAGGCGCCGCUCUACCCCGCGUACCCCCUGCCCGCCGGGCCCGCCUCCUCCUCCUCCGCCUCCGCCUCGCCCGCCUCCGCCUCACCCUCGCCGCCGCUCGGCUCCCCCGGCCUCAAGGCGCCCGCCGCCUCCGCCGCCGCCUCGGGCGGGCUCUCGGCGCUGGGCACGGCCCCGCCGCAGCUCUCGGCCGCCACCCCGCACGGCAUCAACGACAUCCUCAGCCGGCCUUCCAUGCCCCUGCCGGGCGCCGCGCUCGCCUCCGCCUCGCCCUCCGCUUCCUCGGCGGCGCCCGCCGGGCUGCUGGCCGGGCUGCCCCGCUUCGGCAGCCUCAGCCCCCCGCCGCCGCCGCCACCAGCCCUCUACUUCAGCCCUGGGGCUGCCGCCGCCGCCGCCGCCGUGGCCGCCGGGCGCUACCCCAAGCCGCUGGCCGAGCUGCCCGGCCGGACGCCGAUCUUCUGGCCGGGGGUGAUGCAGAGCCCGCCCUGGAGGGACGCCCGCCUCGCCUGCGCCCCCCAUCAAGGCUCAAUUUUGCUGGAUAAGGACGGAAAGAGAAAACAUACAAGACCCACUUUUUCUGGCCAGCAGAUUUUCGCUCUGGAAAAGACUUUCGAACAGACGAAAUACCUGGCGGGCCCGGAGCGAGCCCGGCUGGCCUAUUCCCUGGGGAUGACGGAAAGCCAAGUCAAGGUCUGGUUCCAGAACCGACGGACCAAGUGGCGGAAGAAGCACGCGGCGGAGAUGGCGACGGCAAAGAAGAAGCAGGACUCGGAGACGGAGCGGCUGAAGGGCGCCUCGGAGAACGAGGAGGAGGACGACGACUACAACAAGCCCCUGGACCCCAAUUCGGACGACGAGAAGAUAACGCAGCUCCUGAAGAAACACAAGCCGGGGGGAGGGGGGCUGCUGCUGCACCCCCCGGAGGGAGAGGCCUCCGUCUAG